AUGAUGCGGUUCGAGAAGGAGACCCAGCAGAAGGAGAUCAGGCAGGAGAUGAAGCUGCGCCUGGCGCGACUGCAGCAGCAGCAGCAUCUCACCCAGAACAAACCGCAGAUAAUCAUUGGGGAGGCGCUGCUGCAACAUGGGGCACUCAGUCGCGUUACAAUGCCCACGCCCAGUCCCCUGACACCCAACUCGCUGGACGAGCUGCUGCCAUCGCUAGAUGAGAAUCAGGAGUAUCCACCAAGGCUGGAGAAUACAUAUAAGCAGCUGGUGCAGCCUCAGGCCACAACAUCCACAGGAUCCACGGGAACGGUUAGCUCGUAUGCAAAUGGCUAUAAUGGUCCCUGCAGCUCAUCGACUGAGGCUCUCUAGAAUGAUGUUGAAUCAAGUGUAGCUAUAGCUAAGUCAUGUACUAUAUAUACAUAUAUGUAUAUAUAUAGAUAUAUAUAUCUAAAACUUAUUGAGGUAAUCAAAGUUUAGUUAAUGCUUAUUGUUAGAUGAUUGAAUUAAACGUCAAACGUGUUUAGUUAUAGCCAAUUAGAUUAUGUGUAACAUAGUAAGCGUCUUCUUCGAUGGGCAAGAGCU